AGACGUAAAUACGGAAGUGUUUUGUAGUUGGCAACUUUCAGUAAGAAGUCAGCACGUCUAACCCAGCCGUUCGCCCGUUAGUGCUAACAUUUGAUCCCUUCAGCUCAAUGGCUUGUUCAUAUCCGAGUGUGUCCGAGCUGGUGACCGAUGCUCGGAGUGUGUACCGACAGGUGUUCGAGAAUGAAGCUCCUCUGGUGGCGGUGUGUGCUCCCGGGAGAGUCAACCUUAUCGGGGAGCACACCGACUAUAACCAGGGAUUUGUACUUCCAAUGGCACUGCCUCUGGUGACUGUGGUUGUUGGCAGUAAGACCUCUGACCGGGAGGUCUCAUUGGUUACUGCAAACAAGGAUGUUGAUGAGCCUGUGAGAGUGGACUUUACCCUGCCCAGUGAUGGAUCACCUCUGCCUCCAGGGUCCCCCAGCUGGGCGAACUAUGUGAAAGGUGUCAUCCAGCAUUACAGGGCACCUCCUCUCCCGGGUUUUAGGGCUGUAAUAGCCAGCAGUGUCCCCCUGGGGGGAGGUCUGUCCAGCUCUGCCUCACUGGAGGUGGCUUUCUAUACAUUCCUACAGCAACUAAAGCCAGAUGAUGGAGAUGAUGUGUCCAAAGCACUUAGCUGUCAGAAGGCAGAACACACUCACGCUGGCGUGCCCUGUGGUAUAAUGGAUCAGUUUGUGUCCGUUCUCGGAAAAGAGGGACAUGCCUUGCUCAUUGACUGCAGGUCACUUGAAGCUACCUCUAUCCCUCUGGCAGACCCACAUCUGGUCAUUCUCAUUACCAACUCAAAUGUCAAGCAUGCGCUGACUGGUAGCGAGUAUCCCACCAGACGCAGGCAGUGUGAGGAAGCUGCUUCCAUCCUCGGGAAGGACAGUCUCAGGGAUGCCACCAUGAAGGAUCUGGAAGAGGCAAAAAACAAAAUGGAGGAUGUUACUUAUCAAAGAGCGCGACAUGUGAUCCAGGAGAUUGAAAGGACUGCUCAGGCUGCUGAAAGUCUGAAGAAAGGAGACUACGUGAAGUUUGGAAAACUGAUGGUAGAGAGCCACAACUCACUCAGAGAUUUGUAUGAGGUGAGCUGCAAAGAGCUGGAUGAGCUUGUGUCUGCAGCCAUGGAGGUGGACGGUGUGUAUGGGAGCAGGAUGACAGGUGGGGGAUUUGGUGGAUGCACUGUGACUUUGCUGCAAGCCAGUGCCAUCAACAAGACCAUACAACAUAUAAAGGAGCAAUACAGUGGAACACCGACAUUCUACGUCACAACCCCUACACAGGGAGCUCGGCCUCUCAGCAUGUCUUGACUUUUAUCACACGUCAUACAUGAGGUACAUGACAAUUCUUCCUGUCUUAAUAUUAACAUUCCAGUUCGUCUUAGGAUGUUUUGGUAGCAACUAAAUAUGGUGGAAAAAGUGCCCAAAAAAAUAAUCCUUUUUCUUGAAACUUGAAAUAACACUUAUUUACUGGUUUAGCAUAUGUCCUGUGCUGAAAAUUAAACUCCUGCGGGUGAGCCAUAAAAAUUACACCUUUAAAUCAUUUGCCAACAUACUGUAAUUUUAAAGAUGGUGUUCUUUUAAAAAAUAUAUAUUGUAGACUAAUUGUAGCAGCACUUAACUUUUGCACUCUGGUUUUAUAAUAAAGUUUACAAUAGAAUAGAAAAUUUAAAACUUUAUUAUUUUUUCAGGGGAUCUUGGGCUUAUGUUUUGAAAAUUAAGUAAUCAUGGUGUACUGUAUGUGUGUAUGUUUUUGAGAAUAAAUUAAGUUUCAAAUGCU